AUGGUGACUCCUACGUUCUUGUUGAAGAUCGUCACCCUUCCGUAUACUUUGGCAAAAACUGUGAUCCAGUACUACACCACUGGUACCAUCUACUCCAGAACCAAUGCUGAGUUCACCAACUCUUUGUGGAAGAACAUCCACUUGGCAUCAUUGUACCACUUGUCAGGAAACUUGCAGAAGCAAGAUGUGGUGCUCGUUCUCCACCAUCCAUUGCAAGAAUUUUUCGACACUUACAGAAACAACCCCAUGGCCAUAGGCUUGAAGAACUUUGGAAAGAAGCUCGACGACCAUGCUUACUGGUUAGUCCAGAACGAGGUUGAAGGCCCCGAGAAGGAGGAUGUGUUGAUUUAUGCCCACGGUGGUGGUUACUUGCUCAACAUGUUUGAAACUCAAAUGGUGGCCUUUUUGGCAUUAUACCAUGCCUUGCCUGAAGAACGCCGUAAUCGUACCUCCAUCUUGUUCCUUGACUAUUCCACUACUGCCAACAAUUUCACUUAUCCUACUCAGCUCAGAGAGGCCAUUUACUCUUACAACGGCUUGGUUGAACAAGGUUACAAGAACAUCCAUCUUAUUGGUGACUCUGCUGGUGUGCACUUGAUUUGUUCUAUUGCUAGAUACAUUGCUUACCCUGAAGAAGCCAAGGAACAGUUCAAGCACUUCCCCAAGUUCGACUUCAGCUUCCAUGGAGAGUUGGUUCAACCUAAGUCUUUGAUUCUUAUGUCUCCUUGGGUUCAACCAACUACUGCUCCAAACUUACCACCGGUUCUGGGUGCAAACCCAUACGGAGAUUUGGGGGCCACUGACACUUCAAUGGGUGACUACUACGUUGGUGACAACGAUAGAAAGUUGAUUGACAAGUGGAUCACCUUCAACAGCCUCAGCUACGACGAACACUGGGCCCAAGUGGAGGCCAUUGACAAGGGCAACACUUUGGUCAUCUACGGUGAAAGAGAAAUCUUGAGAGAAGGAAUUGAGAAGUUUUAUGAUAACAUCAACAAAAAGGGCAAUAUUAUCAAGCACAUGGAGAAGGGUGGUAUCCAUGCCUCAUUAGUGUAUGUCGAAGCAUUGAACUAUAUGGGCAAGGCUGGUGCCAGAAAGGCCUUGGAUGGAGACUUUGACGGUAGAUACAACAUCAAUCUUAUCGUGGAUUUCCUUGAGAGAUUUUAG